AUGACGUCCGCCGCAGUGCUCGCGGUGCAACCUGCCGCGGAGGUGCAGAAUGUCGCCUCCCAGCCGCCAGCCCCUUAUCUGCGCACACCCACUGAGCGACAGCUGAGCUGGCACCGACUCGAGUACUACGCAUUUGCGCACUUUGGCCCAAACACCUUCACCGGAGAGGAGUGGGGAAGAAGCCAACAGCCCCCGGACGUUUUCGCCCCGACUUCGCUCGAUACUGACCAGUGGGCCGAGACGUUCAGGCGCGCCGGCAUGGCCGGCAUGAUCCUGACCGCCAAGCACCACGACGGCAUGGCGCUGUGGAACACGUCGUCGACGACUUACAAGGUCGCCAAUGGCAAGUGGGCCAAGGACCGCGAGGCAAAGGGUCUCGACGCCGACGUGGUGCGCAUGGCAGCCACGUCGGCCAAGAAGCACGGGCUCAAGUUCGGCGUGUACCUCUCUCCAUGGGACAUUCACCGCGACCCAGCUAUGCCCAAGCCUGCGUUGGCCGGGUCCAUGUUUGACGAGCCACAAAUCUUUGGCGACGAUAGCCCUGGCGACUACAACGAGCUGUACGUGCAGCAGCUGACGGAGCUCGUGGACAUGAAGCUGGAAGACGGGUCGAACGUGGAGCUAUUUGAGAUCUGGUUGGAUGGGGCUAGUGGAUCCGCUACGGUGCAGACGUUUGACUGGUCUAGGUAUCGGGAUGUGAUCCGGACGCACCAGCCGGGCGCCGUCAUGUGGGGUCACCAGGGUCCAGAUGCUCGCUGGGUUGGCAACGAGGACGGCUACAGCGUCCCGACAAACUGGCACACCAUCAGCCGAACGCAGGACCAGGAGCGCUACGGCGAGCGGGAGCUCGAAGUUGGUAUCCGCGACGGCCUGUACUGGACGCCGGCAGAGGCGGACGCGAGGAUACGUGCGGGCUGGUUCUGGCACGCAGAGGAGAAGCCCAAGACCGCCAAGGAGUUGAUGGAUAUGUACAUGGACUCGGUCGGACGGAGCGUCAACCUGCUACUCAACGUCGGACCGGAUAACACGGGGCGGAUCCCGCAGGUGGAUGUCGAUGCUCUGAUGGAGUUCAAGGAGCUGCGGGAUGGGUUUCUUGAGAGGAAGCUCCUACACCCGGGGCUGGGAGUGAGUGCGAGCGGUGUCCGGGCCGGAGACGACGCGCAGUUCGGCCCGGGGAACAUGCUCGAUGAGAGCCGGGAUACUUACUGGACCAUGGAAGAUGGCCAAACUACUGGAUCGGUCGAGGUUGACGUCGGCGGCACAGUCACUAUUGAGGCUGUUGCAGUCAGGGAACAUAUAGCAUUGGGUCAACGUGUGGGCGGGUAUGCGUUCGAGGUCUUCUCCGACGGUGCUUGGAAGGAGAUUGUUAGCGGGACGUCGGUUGGCUAUGGACGGAUCGACAGGCUGAACACGACGGUGACCGGGACACGGCUGCGGCUGCGUGUCACCCAGGCGAACGCCGUUCCUUUGAUACAGGGAAUCCAGGCAUUCGGAUCAAGAGUAUUAUAG